AUGUCUACUUACGUCUCACGUCUGAAAGCAUGGGGCAGUGAACCCAGCUCAAAAUCGGAGCAUCAAAGCAGCGAUGGGUCGAUCGCGGAAGGUGAAAACUUUGUAACGGAGCUGGAUCAAGGUUCUAAAAGACUGGGCCUUGUUUCCAGUAUCGGACUUAUCUGUAAUCGGAUGCUGGGAACCGGGGUUUUUGCGGUGUCGUCGAGCAUUUACACGCUGUCAGGAUCGAUCGGGCUGGCCUUGGUCAUGUGGGUUGCAGGAGCUAUCAUCGCUACUAGCGGACUGUACGUGUAUCUGGAAUACGGAAGCGCAAUCCCCCGUAACGGUGGUGAGAAAAACUACCUGGAAUAUGUUUUUACAAAACCUCGCUUUUUCGUUACCUCCAUGUACGCAUCGUACGUUUUCUUUCUUGGCUGGGCUGCCAGUAACUCCGUGAAUGCUGCUGUCAUGUUCCUCACCGCUGCCGAUACAGAAAUCACCACAUGGAAGCAGCGGGGAUUGGCUUUGGGUGUGCUUUCGUUCUGUUUUAUCGUCAACUCGGUUAACGUGAAGCUAGGUCUUUACAUUCAGAAUCUGCUGGGUAUCUUCAAGCUUGUCAUUGUGAUAUUCAUCAGUGUUACUGGAUGGGUGGUACUGGGUAACAAAAAUCUAAAAACAGACAACUUCCACAAUGCCUUUGAAGGAACCGGGAAUGCAAGCGCUUAUGGUAUCGUGAAUGCUCUUUACAACGUCAUUUGGUCCUUCGUCGGUUACUCGAAUGUCAACUACGCUCUAGGCGAGGUAAAAAACCCUGUACGCACUUUGAAAAUCGCCGGACCUGUGUCCAUGGCGUUUUUAACCAUCAUCUACAUUUUCGUGAAUAUCGCGUACUUCGCUGCUGUUCCUAAGGAAAAGUUGAGAUCAUCGAAACUAAUCUUGGCUGCCGACUUCUUCGAUAUUGUAUUUGGUGGACACGCCAAGAAGGCUGCCGCCGCAAUUGUCGGAUUAAGUGCAGUCGGUAAUGUUCUUUCUGUUAUUUUCUCGCAGGGCAGAAUCAUCCAGCAGCUAGGUCGUGAAGGUGUUUUGCCAUUUUCAAGCUUUUUCGCUACUUCCAAGCCCUUCGAUUCACCCGCAGUUGGCUUGUUACAGCAUUUUAUUGUGUGUGUGGUGACCAUCAUCGCCCCGCCUCCAGGAGAUGCGUACAACUUUAUUCUAAACCUGAUUGUCUACCCUAUGAAUGUGAUCAACCUAGCCAUCAGUGUCGGUCUCCUGUGGAUCUACUGGCAACGCCGUCAAAAAAAGAUUGAGUGGAAUCCAAAGAUUAAAGCAGGUGUCUUUGUCACAGGGUUUUUCGCACUCUCCAACAUCUAUCUGGUGGUUGCUCCAUACGUGCCCCCAUCUAACAAGGGCGAAGAAGUCUAUAAAUCGCUUCCUUACUGGACUCACAACGUUGUGACUUGGGGAAUUUUUGCCAUAGGAGCCGUUUACUGGUUAGUAUGGUCUCAAGUUCUACCGAAGGUCGGUAACUACGAGCUGGUUUCCACAGAGGUGGUUGGUGAGGAUGGCUUCUGGAGGAAGAAGAUCAUUAAGAGAAAACUCGAUGAUGUUGAUUAUAUUUCAGAAAAUAUCGAGGUAAACAUGGUUACAUCGGACAAACAAAGUUAG